AUGAAUACAUUGCCUGUGGAACUUAAAGUAAAAAUUGCCAGUCAUGUAGAAAACCCUACCUCUCUUGCGCGAUGCUCGCGUGAAUGGUACAGCGUAGUAAAUUCGACACAUACAAAAUAUAGAUGGCUACUCAACAAGUAUGGUUGUAUUCAUGCUUUGUUUCACGCUGUAAGAAUUGGUGAACCAUUCCUCAACCUCGACGUGGCCGAGCUUGUGCUAAAAAAUUCUCGUAUCAGCCG